CGGCUCAACGUCAAGUGGCGGAGAUGUUGAAAUUCUCAGACAACACCGUGGAAGGGCGAAAGACGUUGAUGGCUGAUCUUACUUUGAAGCAGAAAGAGCUCGAGCGUCAGGCAACGAGACAGUCAGACCAGAUCCUUGCUCUGAUCGAACGAGAUCAGCAACAGUUUCGCACUGCAAUCGAUGCCCGACUUGCCAAGUUUACCAGCGUCAUCCAGACCGUGUAUCCGGCGAUUACUUCGAGUGCUCCAGCCUCGAUUCAGAUGAUCACUGAUGCCCAUGUCGCGGAUGUGUCCGCUGCCCGGUCCGAUCAGUAUUCUGAUGCGCUGUUCGAAGCGACAGUAGCGACUGGGAGUGGAGUAAGAAUCAAUGACCUGAUGUAGUCGCUCUCAUAUGUUGCUUUAGAGGUCAAAAUUAGGACUUUAUUCCAGUCAAGCCUAUCUACUCAGUGCGCUCAAUUGAACUCCCAUGUUAUCGG